AUGGUUGACCCAUCCACACCUCCCCGUCACAGUCAUCCCACACCCGCCCUCUCGUCGCCCGUCACUCCCCCGCUCCCCUCGACCCCGACUGCGUCCCACAGGAUCCGCUCAAGGAACCCAGCCCACUCCGCCCCCAAGCAGGGCCAGGAUGAUGACAUUACCAUGCCUACUCCGUCAUCUGUGAGGCAUUGGGCACCGGGGAGUUCCCCCAAGAUUGUUUCUGCGUCGUCAUCCCCGACCCCGACGCCGAUGGAGGUCGAGUCUGGCGACGACUUUCCCUCCGACGAGCAACUGAGGGACAUCCAGAAGGCGCUCGACGGGGCGUCCGAUGGAGAUGCGGCGCAGAAGCGAGAUGAGCUCAAGGACAUGUCCCUCGUCAACGUGUACACGAGCCGAGUUCCCUUCCUGCGCGAGCAGGUCGUCGCCCAGCAGGAGACAAUUGCGACACUCCAACAACAGGCAAAGCUUUCGCAGUGUAUGAUCGGCAUCGAGCGGGACAAAUUCGCGGCGGAACGUGCCAGCUGGCAGGCUGAGACGCAAGCCAUUCUCCGAGCCCGUGAGGCCGAGGAGGCAGCUGGCACUCGUCCGAAGCGAGUCCUCGACCUCGACGUCGGAUACCACCAGGAGCUCGAGGCUGCGAACAAGCGUCUCGAGAUGGACAACCGUCUCAUGGCCCCUAGGAAACAAAUCGAGUCGCUGGUCAAGGAACUCCGUCACCUGCGUACGCACGUCAUGAUGAACACGGCGGUCUUUGGCGAGGGCGAGGGUACCGCCCCGCCCGAGCGCUCAGGACGUACGCGGGGCACAAUGGGCGAUGCGCGCGCAGAGCACCUCCUUCUCGCGGCGAAGAAGGUGCGAACGAUGCGCUCCUCGAACAAGGACAUCGGCCAUCUGACGCUGGAGGAGCUGCGCAAGCGCGGCGUUGUCGGACCAGACGGCGGCGUCGGCUACUCGGAAGGAUACGGCGGGGACGAUGAGCCAGUCGAUUCUGACGAAGAGAAGCCGCUUGCAUCUCCCGCCCGUGGGAGCAGUUCGACGCCCCUCCUCCCCCGGCCGAAGAAGAAGCGCGCCCCGACAACGCCGUCUCGUGCCCGUGGGAACCGACAGGCGCCGGCCACGACGCCCGGCGGCAACUUCAACGAUCUCCUCCUCGCUGCCGAGAUGGCGACUCGCCCCGGAACACCAACCCGUGGUCAACCCGCGACCGUUAGCGCCGCUCGCACGACCCACUACGUCCCGUCUACCUUUGAGAGUCCGAGCAAGAAGCCGCGGCAUGCGCGCGAGGCGCCGGCGACGGUCGAGUGGUCCUCCCGCCGCAUGUGGAACAGCGACGUGUCGCCCCGUGCUUCGUCGUCAAGGCACGAGGAGGGCGCAUCCGCUCUGGAUCUUCUGGCGCAGGCCAGUCAGGACGUUGCGACUGGCGGUCCAUCACGCCUCGAGGGCUCCUCGCGAGGACACACGCCCCUCGGUCCCGCCAUCAAGCUCGACCAGACGCCGACACCCGGGCGGGGCUUCCCGUCCGCCGACGACCCGUUCGACACCUUUGCCUCGCCGACGGCUGGCGCCGCCGUCCCUGGUCUCGGCAAGUACGUUCACCUCAGCAGCGCGAUGCCGGCGCGCCGUGUGCGCAGCCCGUAUCUGAAGUGGACAAAGGAGGAGGAUGAGCUCCUUACGCGCGCGGUGAUGGAGCAUGGCGAGAAGUGGGACCUCGUGUCCAAGUGCGUCCCGACGAGAAGCUACCACCAGUCUCUGGCCGGUUCGCGAGGCGACGACCGAGGAGAAAAGACGGCAACCGAACCCCGAAUCCGAGUCAACAAUUUUCUCGACGUAAACACACAGCAAGGCGACGCCCUCACCCCACCUUCCCCACCCAACAACACCCGCAAGGUGUCGUCCAAACCAAACACACCGCCCCCGUGGCCGUAUCCAAGGACAGAGGUCGAGCGAAGCGUCAGCAGGAGUACGCGAAGCGCAAGGAGACGCCAAGGGCUCCCUUCGCCAGCGAUCGACACCUCAAAGGACCUCCCCGACAAGCGCAAAUCCUCCUCUGCGAAGCGCAGAGACGGACACGAGACCGAGACGGGCGACCAGCAAGAGCCGGAACAGCAAGCCGGCGACGAAAUGAGCACGCAACACGACGACCACGACACAGGCGGCCAGCCUACGGGAGAGUCGAUGCCCGGCGGCAUGCACAGCGCUCCCACCGGUGGCGGCCCGCCGACAGAACAAGUCCACGACGCCCCUCAACAGACGACGGGACUGGACUUCGAGAACAUGACCGAGCAGCAGAAGUCGACAGCCAUGCUCAACCUUCUCCUGCAGCAGUCCAAGACAUUGGAGCUCCAGGGCAAGGAGAUCGCGGCGAUGAAGUCGCGGCAGGACAGGCUUGAGCAGGAGAAGUCGUCUAAGGCGACACAGCGCGCGAAAGGCUCAAUAACCGCGAUCGAUCGCGAACUCCAGGACAACGUGAAGACCUGGAGGCGCGAAGUCUCUCACGGAGCGCCGUCGGCAGGCGAACCAAAGGGACCACAAGGGAAGACAGUGGAACGACGCGACACAGGCGACGACCCCACCCAGAAGCCAAGGUCCGUUCGACGCCACGACGCGCGUGGCGACGAAGCAAACGUCCAGACUCCCAAGCCCGCCGACGCGACCAAAACGGACCGAGAACAACCCCAUCUGGUCCAGACGCAGCACCCCUCUCCACGUUACGCGGCGGGGAUGAUGAAGGACGGCCGCGGCUCGACGACAUCGACAUUCCUGGAACGCCUAGCCGCCCAACAGACCGAGCUGGAUGAGCAACGGCAACAGUUUGCUCGAGAGCAGCAAGAACUGCGCAUGAUGCGCGAGGACUUGCAGCGGCAGCUUGAUCUCCUCGAGAAGCGUCAGCAGGAGCCCGCGCGCGUCCACUACCAGGAACAAGCCGUGACACCCCAACCGCAGCAGCAGCAACAGUUGCCGUCAUCAAGUCACAUGACCAAGCACGGCCACAUGACCCCGCCGGACGAGACGUUCGAGUACCGCAGGCAAUCGAGAGAGGACGACGACCCAUUCGUCGCCCGUGCCUCACGGUCGGACCCUCGUCAGCAGCGCGUAGAACAGGACCCCCGCAAACGCCUCACCUACGACGGCAAGUUCACGUACCAGGCCAAGGAUAUUCCCAAGUUCAGCGGCUGGGGCGCAGGAGGGAAGGACCUCUUGAGUUUCAUCCGCGCGAUGGACAAGCGUCUGACGCACUGCCCGGAUGAGGAGAUCACGCUCCGACCGGCAGUGAUGUUCGAAGGGUCCGCUCUGGAAUGGUACGACCUGUUGGAUGACGACGUCGUCAACCGCAUCACGACGUGGGACGAGUGGAAGACGCUCCUCAAGACGAGCUUCCUCAGUUGCGAGCACAUGUACCUGGUCCAGACGGCCGCCAUCAACAAGAUCUUGAAGCGUGAAGAUGACGUGCGCGAGUAUGCCACGACGAAACAGAGCCUGCUUCGCACGGCGUUCCCGGAGAUGUCGGAAGGGAACAUCGGCUCUCUCAUCCUCACGGGGACGCCGGCUGAGUGGCGCGCGGGAAUCGGAUACAAGCCAGGAGUGCACUCGCUGCCCGACCUUUACCUGAUGAUGCAGCAGCACGCCCCCCAGCUCAGCGGUAUGUGGUGGAAUGAGCAACUCGAUCGCCGCGACGGCGACGGGCGACCGACGGCCGAGUUCUACAAGAAGCUGGAGGACCUCGACUCCUCAUCAUUCACGCUGGCGCCAAAGAAGAAGGGCAAGGAGAAGAUGAGCACGCCAGGCUCGAACCAAUCGACGCCGUCCCCGCCCUCACGGGGCCAGCCACCGAAGAACGCCGAGUACUGGUGCCGAGGCCAGGAACGUGUACUUGGCCGCCCGCCGACUCAUCCGACCCCGCCCAAGGUGCCCUGCCCGAAGUGCAACAGGGGAUACCACUACAAGGAGGAUUGCUUCCAGGAGGACGAGCAGCCUCAGCCCCAAUCCAACCCUAAGCCUAGUGCCCCUGCGCAGCAGAACGCGAACAACCAGCCGGUCCAGCAGAAUAACCGGUUUCGCACUGCUGGCCAGCAGUGA